AUGGGCUUACGAGAGGGGCCCAUCUGUCAGACUCUCAAAGCACAACUUCGCCGUGAUCCAGCGUUGACGUUUGAGGCUGCGCGGAAGGAGGCUCUGGCCUUAGAAGAGGAUCGGGCCCAGGAAGAUGACCUGCCCUCCUGCAUGGUGGUCCAAAACUCUGAGGCUGCUGCUGCAACAACCCCAACCGUCGACUGGAAGCAGGAGCUUCGAGCAGAAAUUAUGAAGGACGUUAAAGAACAGAUGACCCAGCUGUCCAAGGUACAUGGUAUUCAAGUACCUUCUCGAGGGGUCGUGGUCGUCCGUGAUGACUGCCUAGGCUCCCACAGGGCGCUCUUAGGCAUGAACGUAAUUGCCUCAUGCUGGGAGGAGUUGUUCCCGUUAAAGAGCCCUCCAUCGGCUGGGAGUCGCAGGACUGCAGAUGCAAAGGAGUGGGAACAGGUCUUCACCGAUUGCCAUCGAAUCCAAGCCGCGACUGCCCAGCAAGAGACAACGGAUACUGCUCGAGUUUCCUGCCGGUAUGCAAUUAGCGUUCCUGCUAAUAGUGAGGCCCUAGUUUGGGCCAAGCUGCCAAGUCGAACCCGCUGCCAGAACACAUGUGUGCUGGUAGAAGCGCACGAAGAGCGCCAGGGUGUGGAGGUGGCCAGAGCUCUGACGAGGGUGCACAGAGGACGGGUGCCAGUGCGGGUGCGCAACCUCCUGCCACACCCUGUGCUCCUCCAUCGACAUCACAAGCUGGCUAAGGUGACUGGGGUGGACGCUACUCAGGUGGUGGACGGCCCAGAGAUUCACUUGUCGGAGGUGAGUCCUGGGGUGAUAGAGGUGAGCGUGGUACAAUUGGGGACAGACUUGAAGGACAUGGGGGAGGGGCUUCCUGAACAUCUUUCAUGUGAGUCCCUACAGGGUGAUGGCCUCAGCACUGACCAACAACGACAGCUCAGCCAGUUCCUGGCAAAGUGGCAACACGUGUUUUCAUCUCAUGAAGAAGACUAUGGGUGCACUGACCUGGUGACCCAUCAUAUACCCACAGGUGAGGCCCCACCUAUCCGAGAGAGGUACAGGCCCGUACCCCCCACCCUCUACAAAGAGAUCAGGACCUUAUUACAAGCCCACCUAAACCACUUGGAUGGAGUGUUCCAGUCCCUGCAGAAAUAUGGCCUCAAGUUGCGCCCUGAAAAGUGUCAGCUAUUCCAACGUGAAGUCAAGUUCCUGGGCCAUCGCAUUGGUGGAAAGGGGGUCUCUCCUGAUCCGGACAAGGUGGCAGCUGUUCAGGACUGGCAACCACCGGGGACUGUAAGGCAACCAUUGCCGUCCACGUGUGAGGGACUGGACUAGGACCUGGCCUGCUGCAGCCUCGGAUGACCAGUCGGUUGGGGGAUCCAGAGACUACCGAGCGGGUGUGGUAGACUACACAACACACACAACCCGGGACCCUCAGCUGACUGACCGAGACGGGAUACUGAAGGACAAAUUAAACUGGACUAUUACAUCCUUUAUUACGGAAAAACACUACAGUUUUAAUUGUUACUUAAAUAAAAUACAGACUUUUACUA